GUCCGGCCGUCAGGCGGCGUUGCGGUCAGUCCCGGAGAAGACCGGGAAGAUGGCGGCCUCCUGGCGGCUGGGCUGUGACCCGCCGCUGCUGCGUUACCUCUUGGGCUUGGGCAGCCGCAGGAGCCUGGUGCUGACUGCGGGCGCUGGUGGGCGGCCUGUGAGCCGGGCAGCUAGCUGCAGAUGGCUUCACGGCAGUCGGUGGCUGCAGGCUGAUCCUGUUAAGAUCCUGAUGCCGUCACUGUCUCCUACAAUGGAACAAGGGAAUAUUGUGAAAUGGCUGAAGAAGGAAGGUGAAGCGGUGAGUGCUGGAGACGCCCUGUGUGAAAUUGAGACUGACAAAGCUGUGGUUACCUUGGACUCAAAUGACGACGGCAUCUUAGCCAAAAUAGUGGUUGAAGAAGGAGCUAAGAAUGUAAAACUGGGCUCAUUGAUUGGUUUGAUAGUUGGAGAAGGAGAAGAUUGGAAGAAUGUUGAAAUUCCCGAAGCUGUCAGUCCUCCGCCACCCAUUUCAAAACCAGCAGUGCCUCAGCCCACUCCACAGCCACAGGUGUCUGUCAAGAAGGAACCUGCAGCGGGGACACUGCAGGUUCGUUUAAGUCCAGCUGCCCGCAAUAUUCUGGAAAAACAUGCGUUGGAUGCUAGCCAGGGCACAGCUACUGGCCCUCGAGGGAUCUUCACGAAAGAAGAUGCUCUCCAACUGGUCAAGCUGAAGCAGAUGGGAAAGAUUACUGAAUCCAGACCAGCCCCAGCUCCCCCAUCUGCAUCUGUGCCCCCUCAAGCCCCCGCCGGGCCGCCCUCUGCUCGGCCAAUGAUCCCUGCGGUGUCCAUCCCCGGACAACCUAAUGCUGUGGGCACAUUCACUGAAAUCCCUGCUAGCAACAUCCGAAGAGUUAUUGCCAAGAGAUUAACGGAAUCUAAAAGUACCGUACCUCAUGCAUAUGCUACUGCAAACUGUGACGUUGGAGCAGUUUUAAAAGUCAGGCAAGAUCUGGUCAGAGAUGACAUUAAAGUGUCUGUGAAUGAUUUCAUCAUCAAGGCAGCAGCUGUCACUCUUAAACAAAUGCCAGGUGUUAAUGUCAGCUGGGAUGGAGAAGGCCCAAGGCAGCUGCCCAGUGUGGACAUUUCAGUGGCUGUGGCAACAGAUAAAGGUUUGAUUACACCAAUCAUAAAAGACGCUGCUGCAAAGGGUCUUCAGGAAAUUGCUGACUCUGUAAAGGCUCUAUCAAAGAAAGCAAGAGAUGGAAAACUGCUACCUGAAGAAUACCAAGGAGGGUCUUUUAGUAUUUCCAACUUGGGGAUGUUCGGCAUCGACGAGUUUUCUGCAGUGAUCAACCCUCCUCAGGCCUGCAUUUUGGCUGUUGGGAGGUUCCGCCCUGUGCUGAAGCUCACUGAGGAUGAGGAGGGGAACACGCAACUGAAGCAGCAUCAGCUCAUCACGGUCACCAUGUCCAGCGACAGCCGAGUGGUUGAUGAUGAACUGGCUACCAGGUUUCUUGAAAGUUUCAAAGCAAACCUAGAGAAUCCUCUCCGGCUUGCUUAGCCCGCCAAGACCAGAGUGGUGGUUAGCAACACAUGUGACUAGGUGUUUAGGAAGUAGAUGGAAUGUUUAUUUAUUUAUUCAAGGUGCAAGCCUUUAACCUGAGCUGUCUGCAUUAUCAGUGUGUGUGGUGGAACUGUGUGGUGGUAUGCUGACGAACUCUGGCUAAAUAAAGAAGAGCUUCUGUUCAGGCAGAUCCUUUUUUAACCCCUGGUGCUGUCCAGAAGGAGAAGACUGAUGUUAGUCACUUCUUGGCUCACUGGAGAUUUUUGAGAAUGUAGGGUACAUUGUAAAAUGAAAACCUUGCAAGUCUACCUUAAUUUUGUUGACAUUUGAAGUGGGCUUCAAAGAGAUGCCUGUCAGCAUUAGAACCUCUUUUCUAAAUACUGCUUGAGAGAUACUUGAACAAUUAAAUAUGUAUAAAACUUUAUUCUGGAUAAUAUAGUAAAUAAAAGAUUACAUUCUAUUAGGGGUUGUGGCAACAUUACUGAAUUUUUAUGUAUAUAAAGCCAUAUAUGUUUCUAGUCUUUUCACUUCUAUAACACUGUGAACUUCUCAAGAAGAAUAAAACAAACCUAUGAGAAGCCAA